GGGCGGGCACUGUUGCACGUCCUCCGAAUGGGAAGGACCGAGGACGCGUCUCACUUCUCGCGACCAAUCGAUCCCCGCGUGCCAGGGUGGAGCGAGGGGGGGGGGGCGCAACUAAUCGCCACUGCGGCGCCACCGUCGCGCCGUCACUCCUCUCGGCGGCUUCGAGAGAGGGUCGCCAGGUGAGCCGCGCAAACUCGUCCGAAGACGAAAGACGCGCUCCCACUCUGGCGCCUUCCGGUCCGCACUCAUUUGCGCGACUUUCAAAGCAGCUCGAUGCGAUGUGGAGAUGGGACUUGGCGAGUUGAGCGCAUUCGGAGCGCCUUGCCGUUCCGACCCGCGGCGGGGACGCCGCAGAAAGGAUUGUGAGCGAGACACGCAGGACUUUCAACAGGACGCGCUCUCCCGAAGAAGCGGCACUUUCCUGCCUCCGCUCCCGAUAUCCACUCUGUAAAUUGGGGGGCGAGAAGUAGAAAGAGAAGCAGAAGGAAGAAGAAGAGGCGGGCCAAAGUGUGAAUGGAAGCAGCGAUGGCCCGGUCUUCUUAGAGAGGCCGCUACUCAGUGGAACGGCCCCAUCCACAAGGCAAGCAGGAUGGAACUGUCGGGGCGGUCGUCGUGGCCUUUGCGGGUGGCGUACCUGGUGACCUUGGCGAUGCUGUGCGUUGGCCCCGUGGCCGCUGGCGACCGCAACCAUCGGGGAUCGACAGUCUCCUACCAGGUGAAGCAGGGGACAUGCGAGGUUGUGGCUGUCCAUCGCUGCUGCAAUAAGAAGAAGAUCGAGGAGCGCUCCCAAACCGUCAAGUGUUCCUGCUUCCCCGGCCAAGUCGCCGGCACCACCGGAGCUCGUCCCUCGUGUGUGGAAGCCUCCAUCGUGGCCCAGAAAUGGUGGUGCCAGAUGCAGCCGUGCAUGGCUGGAGAAGACUGUAAAGUCUUACCUGACUUGACCGGCUGGUCCUGCAGCACUGGCAAUAAAGUCAAAACCACAAAGGUCACACGAUAACAAGAGACCCACUGGAGCAAGAGGAAACAUGUGGAAAGUGUGGACGACUUAUAUCAAUUUAGGAUAAAAUGCGGGGGGAGGGGGGUUAAACGUAUGCGCUAUCAUGCCGUACCCGUGGCCGCCAAAUAGGGUUGCCCGGGGUGUACGAGGACUGCAAGAAGUGACUCGAAUGUUCAUUCUGAAGACUGAGUGAGCAUUUCAAAGUGCGUCUUUCAACGGAGCGUUGGUUGGAGAGGCCAGCACCGCACGUCGGGCGCCCUGCAGACCUUUUGUCAACUUGUAGAGCUCAUCUAGCGGAGCCAAGAGAUAGCGGCUCAUACCUAGCAAAUUAGGCUGCAAUGGCUCCCGUGGGUCAAGUCGCCGCCACAAAGACUGUUUGGCGAGAGCCAAUUUGCAGUUCUCAUUAGGAAUUGCAGUGUAGCAACAUCACUGCAGAUUAAAAAUUCAUGUCUGAUAUUUGCACUAGUUGAAAACUUUGGCUGUUGUUUGCUUAUUGCCAGUCUCUCGCCAGCGGAAGGAUUCGCAGAUCUUGAACAUUUGGCGUCGAACAUCUGACGUUGCGGGUAGGCAAAUCCGCGAGCUGGGCCGGAAACGGUUGGAGCGCCACCGCCUAACUCGCUACGAGGCCAACAAGCAAAUCGGCAGCGUCCCGUAUUUUCGGUCGCGGUAAACGUUUGGUGUGUGUCAUCUCCACUGUCGUCAUUGAAAGUGCGAUCGGUCAAAGGCCGAAACGUCGCCUUGUUAUCGUCUUGCCGUUUGGCUGGCGGACGCCUCGUCGAGCUUCCGAGCAGAGCAACUUGGUCUACCUUCAUGAGAAACCGGAGGCGUUGGUGCGCCUGCGCUGAUUUGGCCCCCCGAAAAGCUUUUCCGCAUCAAUAUUUCAGUGAGAUGUGGUGAAAUAAUUGCUGCAGUUGAAGCCUUUGCAGGCUUUUCCCUGCAGGCUCUGUCGCCGUCGCUGCAAUGAGGACAACAGCGCGCACCCAAUAAGCCAUCUCGCAUCUCUCACUUCAUUCCCUGCUCCUCUUCGUCGUGGU